AUGGUCUAUAGGUUUGUAAUGUUUCUCCAUUACGUGAAGAAGGCCCGAAUAAAGUUAAGCAGUGGAAAGGAUUUGUUUUUUGAUGAGAAUGGAGACCCCCCUCCAACAUAUGAUAUUGUCAACUGGCAAAUGGAUCUGGGAGGUUCCAUCAAACAGGUUAAAGUGGGAAAUUUUACCAGCACAGCCCUUUAUGUUAACACCAGUUCUGUCCAGUGGCCAUUUGGUAAUGAAAAGGUUCCGAUAUCUAUAUGCAGUAAAAGUUGUCUACCAGGUUUUCGAAAAGCUUCCAUCCAAGGAGAACCAAACUGUUGCUAUGAAUGUGUUCCCUGUUCACUAGGAGAGAUUUCCAAUAAAACGGAUGCAAGUAAUUGUUCUACUUGUCCGUGGAAUAAAUGGCCAAGUGAAGAAAAGGACAGAUGUCUACUAAAACCAAUUGAAUACCUCUCGUAUGAAGAAAUAUUGGGCAUCACGUUAGCAUCCAUCAGUGUUACUUCAUCUUUUGUACCUAUAGCUAUCCUAGGGCUACUCAUUUGUUACAAGACCACUCCCAUAGUCCGUGCCAACAAUUACACCAUCAGUUGUCUUCUUCUCAUCUGCUUGUCCCUUUGUUUUUUGUCUUCCCUGGCAUUCAUCGGCUAUCCUGGAAAAGAGAAGUGCCUCCUACGUCAAGUGGCCUUUGCCCUGGUUUUUGCAUUCUGUAUUUCAUGUAUUUUGGCUAAGACUGUCUUGGUAAUGAUUGCCUUUAGAGCUACAAAACCCAACAGUGAUUUACGAAGGUGGGCCAGGCCUCAGGUGUCCUAUCUAGUCAUAUCUAUGGGCACUGUCAUUCAGUUCCUCAUCUGUACAAUAUGGCUUAUUAUUUCUCCUCCCUUCCCUGAAUUUAAUGUCAAAGCUAAGACUGAAGUCCUAGUUUAUGAAUGUAAUGAAGGUUCUUCCACAGCAUUUUGGUUUACUUUAGGAUAUAUGAGUUUCUUGGCCCUUAUUAGUUGUCUUGUUGCUUUCUUGGCAAGAGAACUUCCUGAUAGGUUCAAUGAGGCCAAGUAUAUCACUUUUAGCAUGUUGGCGUUCCUCACUGUAUGGGUGUCCUUCAUUCCAGCUUCACUAAGUACUAGUGGUAAAUACACUGUGGCCAUGGAAGUCUUUGCUAUCUUGUCCUCUAGUUGGGCAAUACUCUGUUGCUUUUUUUUUCCAAAAUGCUAUAUUAUUUUGUUUCAUCAUCAAGCAAACUCCAGGAAGAACCUUCUUGUAUCACCUAAUUCUAGUUCUCUAAAUGUUCAUUAUUAUAGACUCCAACUGGAUAAAUAUCUUCAGUUACAGAUCAUCAAUGCAAUGAAGGAGAUCAUUAAUGAUCCUGACAUUGUCCCCAACAUCACUUUGGGCUUCCAGAUAUAUGAUUCUUGUCGAGUUCUCCAGAAGGAACUUAAAGGCACCUUAUGA